AAGAAGAACUGAGCUGUCAGUCUGUCAUUAUUUAUUUUCUAUCACAUCAUCGUGUAUCGUCCGAAUGAAAAGCAAAACAAAAAUAAGUUUUCAACGUUAAAGCUUGAACACAACGCUGAGUUGGACGAUUUGAAGAAAAUGGAUCAGAAGGAUCAGGCUGAUGGUGACGUGCCCAAGAAAAGCCCAUUCGACAAUCUCGACAGGGAUGAAUUGGUGAAGAAGUGUAAGGGUCUGUUGCUACUCGCUAAGAAUGCCAAACAGGCCAAGGAUGACUAUGCAGAAGAAAACGCCAGGAAAGCGAGUGUCAUUGAGAAAUUGGAAACGCAAAAACUGGCCGACAAGGAGAGUUUGAAGGCGAUGCAAGAAAUUGUGGACAGUUUAACCGAAACGAAACUGGAAACAGCGAAUCGAAUCUGUGAUCUGGAGAAGAGUCUGUCGAUGGCUAAUGCGCAGAUAGCUAAAACGAACGAAGAAGUGAAUGCACUCCAACAGCAUGCAAUCGAAAAUGAGUCGUUGAGGCGACAAAUCCAAAGGCUUACCGACGAAAAUGAGGAGCUGAUCAGUGAAAUGGAACAGCUUGAAGCUAAGUCAAAGGGGGAUCAUCUGGCCGACAUCGCAAACUGUGAAAGUUUAAAAUUGGAGAACGAGAAAUUGAGGGAAACGGUGGUAAAUAACGAGAAGUUUAUGAUCAAAUUGAGUGACCAUCAGGAGCAGUUCGAUAAAAUUGCGCUGGAACUGCAAGCGAGUAAAGAAACCAACGACAAACUCGUCGUAGACCUAUCAGCAUUAAGUGAACAUUCCCGGAAACAGGCCGACAAACUGAAAUUGUACAAAUCGAAAAUCGUAGACAUUUCCGCUAAGCUGAAGCAACUUAAGUCAAACAAGGAAGUUCUGGCCAAAAUUGUCGCUGAGUAUUCGCAGUCGGUGACGAAGUGGCAAGCCGAUAUUAUCGCUGCAAUGAAACAAAUCGGAAGUAAAUCGACAGACCAACCCGACGAGGUAACACAACUUCAGUCAGAAAGUGCAAUUAAAGUCGAAAUUUCCGACAAGUUGGAGUCUGCAGAGAAAGCAAUUCAUCUGCUCCAGGCAACCAACGAUGAGUUGACCAGCGAAAUUGAAGAUCUGAAGAAACAGCUUGCCGACCACGACAAUUUGAUGUUGGAAAAAUCGCAAAAUGAGGAGUCUGAUCGCGGCGAAGAUAAGAAAACCAUUGCCGAACUACAAACCCAAUGCAGUCGUUUGAACGAGGACAAUCAAAAAUUGGCGGCUGAAAUUGAACAUAUUCGUAGUAACCAUGAAGUGGAUCGUCAAUCCUCUUCCGACGAUUUUGAAUGUGAAAAGUCAAAGUUCUUGAACGAUAUUGACACCCUAAACCGAACGUUGAAUGAGCAUCAAUCGAAACUGAACGCAUUGAGCGAUGCCAAUGCCGACCUAAUAAAUAAAUUGGAAGAGAGGACAGUUCAGGUGAACGAGAAGACUGCUGAACUGAACGACCUAAACGGUGCCUUGGAGCAGCUGCAACAGAAACGGUCACAGGAAACGGACGAAUUGUUGAGUGAAAUGCGGGAAAUUAACGAGGCCUUAAAGAAUCGCGGUGACGUAAUUUCGAAGCAGAAACAAUCCAUUGGCGAAUUGAAUGACAAAAUCGAUCGACUGCAGACUGAAAAUGCACAGCUGAAUGUGGCGAACGAUGCUGCGAACAAGCAGGUGGACCAUCUGAACGAUCGUGUCAAGGAAUUGGAAAGUAAAAGCUUUGUCGACGACUCCCAAAUGUCCGUAUCUACCAUAUCCCGGGCGGAAGAAGUGAAUCGCAUGCGAGACAUUGAAGAAGGUUUCGAAGAAAAGUACAAUAAGUUGCGCGUCCUGGCGGUGAAGUUGAAGAAAAAAGUUGGCGAACAAGCGUCCAUCAUUCAAUCGUUAGAGUCUCGGAACAAUGAUAACACAACCGAAGGUCAGCAAAUCACUUCAAAAUUGGGCGUAAUGGAGGUACAAGUCAAGAAUCUGCAAUUGCUUCAGAGUGAAAACGAUCGGUUGCUGGACGAAUUAGAAACGGUGAAGAGUAACUGGAAGCGUGACCAAGUGGAGUUGGACAAGAGUCGAAUGGAAUUGGACAAAGUGGCCAAUGAGUUGAUUGAGUUGAAAUGCACCGAGGCUCAGAGUGAUGUCAAGAAGGUCAAUUCUAGUCAAGCGAUCAAGGAAUACGUUAAGCAGAUACAGGCUUUAAAGGAUGAAAAUUCGGAGAAUUUGGUGAACAAGAAGUCACUGGAGAACGAGCUGAUCAAGUUGAAAGGCGAAGUGAAUGCGAAGGACAAGGAGAUAAAUUCGCUUAAAGAAGUGGAGAAAUCGCUGAGAGCUGAGCAAACCAAAAUCAAAAUGUCGUUGAAACAGACGAAUGUCCUGAGCCUAGAAAUGGAUGCCUAUGAAAAGUCACUGAACGAAGCGACUCAAAAACUGGAAACGAUGAACGUGCAAACGGUCGAGCUUAAGUCAACGAUUUCCUCACAUGAGAAUUCCAUUGAAACCCUGAAAAGUCAAAUUAAAUUUCUGGAAGAAAAUCUCGAGUCGGAGAGACAACAUUCCAUUGAUCUCAAAGAGCAGAUCAACCUUCAGCAACUGAAUAUGAAAGAAGCCCAGCACAGCAUAUCCGAAUUGAAAAUCCAGAACGAUCUGCUGAGCAAGGAGAAGAACUCAACGAUUUUGGAUCUGGAAGAGUUCCGUUUGGACACCGCCAAGAAUAUCAGCGAAAAGGAGAAAAUCAUCCGAUUGUUGCAGGCAGAGAAUGAGAAAAACAUUCGACAAGUGUGCGAGCAGCAAGAGCAAAUCGAUCAAAUGAAAGCGAAAUUGGCCGAAACGGAACAGGAAUUGGUUGACGCUCAGACCGAAUUCUCCAGCUACAAAGUGCGGGCCCAAUCGGUUCUACGCAACAAUCAGACGAAGGAAAGCAGUCGGGAGAAGGAGCUGGAUGAAGAAUUGAAUUCCGUUCGCAUAACGAACGAUAGUCUAAACACCAAGAUUGCAUCGCUGAGUGAACAGAAUCGUAAAAUGUCCGCAGAUUUCGAUGCCAUCAAACAAGAGCGUGAUCAUCUGAAGGACCGAUGCAAGGAGCUUUUACGGCUGUUAGAUGAAUCGCGCCAACAAAUCGAUGACAUCCAAGAGCAAAAUCGGUCAGAACUGGCUGAGCGUCAAGAAACUCUGAAGUCGCAGCGUCUUCAAAUCGACACAUUGACCGGUUGCUACAAGAAGCAGGUUGCCGAAUUGGAAGAGAAAUAUCUCAAGGAGAUCGAAGACCUGAAACGGAAUAAUACGUCCCGAAUCGACGAAAAGAUGUCACAGUCAACCGCAGACAAUCGUAAUGUUACCAAGUCGAUGCUAACCGAUGAACAGCAGAUCGACUGGAUUCUUAUGGAGAGGCAAGCGGGCGAGGGUUCCGAAAACACCACCAAUUCCAAUUUCCUGGCUCAAAGAAACACUUCGUCAGCCAAAGGUCGCAGAGACUUAAUUCCACUAGACGAACUGCUCAACAAUUCAUUUGAUGAGACCGCAUUUAGUACCGACCGUUCCAUAUCGCCGACUAUUGAAUUGGAGACAACAAAAGCUAAACUUACCGUCCAAGAAAGCAGUGUCAAGCACUUGACGUCAUUACUUGCCGAGGCUGAACAAGAUUUGGUCAAAUUGACGCAAUUGAACGAUGUGUUGAAGGAGGAACUCCGUCGUCAGGAACGAUCUACAGCCCGUGAACAGCAUUUACACAAUUUGGAAUAUUUGAAAAAUGUCAUCUUCAAGUUUCUCACAAUCAAUUGCGGCGAUGAGAAGUCGCAUCUAGUUCCUGUGCUAAAUACGAUCUUAAAACUCAGCCCGGAGGAGACACAAAAACUGGAAAGGGCAGCCAGAGGUGAAGGUCAACGGAAAUGGGGUAGUUACCUACCGGGAUGGUCCGGCAACCAGUAAAUAGAAUCAAAUAUGUGUGGACAGAGUUCUGGUUCAACGGAACCUAAUUGAACGUUAUAUUGACCGUUACGUUGUUCAGAUUACAAUAACAUGUUACAAAAUUGCAAGAAAAA